AUGUUGUUAGAAUAUAGAAUUCUCACAGGGCAGUCAAAUGCUCAAUUGGAAGACCUUAUACGCCCAAGGAAAUUCCAUGACAUAGUUAAAGCUUCUGGAUUCAGUGGAGAAAAUAACACCUACGUAACUCCAAGCCUGGCUUUAAAGAUUGGGCACAGUCUAAAAACAUGCACUGAGAUACUUCGAGGAGAAGCCCUUAUGUCUGGUGAUGAAGUGGUUGAAAAAAACUGCAGAGCAGUUGCCUCAUUGUAUAGUUUGCACUGGGAGGGGGAGGUGAGCCACCAUGCUCUCAGAACCCUUGAAGAAGCCAAGCGCAACAACCCCAAGCUACUACCGCUAACAGAAGAUGUGGUGAAGCUAUCUAAAUACCUUCAAAACCAGGCAAAGACAAAUCAUGAAGUGCUACUGAAGUCUGGGGCUGAAAUACAGAAAACAUGGGUGAAAUUAGCUGAAAUCUUGCUGUCUCAAAUAAUCGUCUUCAACAGAAAACGGCCUGGCGAAGUGUCAAGAAUGACAUUGAAUGAUUAUAACAAAUGUGUCAGAGGGGAGACAUGUAUACUAGAUGGGGCCCUGUCUGUAGUUGAGAAGGCACUGUGUAAGAAUUUUUGGAGAGUUGAAAUAAUUGCGAAACGUUUACGCACAGUUGCUGUUCUCUUCACCACUAAAAUGAAGGCAGCUCUUGACACUCUGAAUGAAUGUAGAAAAGAGGCAGGCUUAGAACACAACAAGUACCUGUUUGGUACACCAGGAUGUUGUGGUCAUUUGUGUGGAACAGAUACUCUUCGAAAUCAUUCAGCAAGGUGUGGAGCAAAAAACACGGAAGUUCUGCGAGCUACCAGGCUUAGGAAACAUAUUGCCAAUGUGUCGCAGAUUAUGAACCUUCAAGAGAACGAGUUGGACAUACUCGCAGGCUUUCUUGGGCAUGACGUACGGACACAUCGGGAGUAUUACCGCCUACCAGACUCAACACUGCAGGUAGCUAAACUCUCUAAAGUACUGUUAAAGAUGGAAAGUGGGGACAUCCGUGGUCUAGCUGGAAAAAGCCUAAAAGAUGUGCAAGUUGGAUCUGAUGAAGAGUGUCUGUGCAGUUCUGAUAAUGCAAGUGAAGCAAGCGAAUCUGAGUUUUGCACAGCAGUGGUAGAGGAGGAAG